ACAGGACGAUGAAGACUCAGACGUCAGGAGUCAGAGAAGAUCAUCAGCUGAAGACAGAUGAAGGAGACGAAGGAGGAAACAGAGAAACAUGUUACUCGCUGAUACCAGAGUGAUUGCUGAACACAAUCCUCUUCACAGGAGAAGACGAAGCAAAGACCUGCCUCUUUACUUGAGGAUUGUUCUUCUGGGCUCGAGCGUGUCUGAAAACAGUCUGGUGGGAAACUUCAUCUUAGGACGAGCAGCGUUUGACAGUGAAGCUCCUCCAGAUGUUGUAGAGAGAGUCGGAGGAAAACUGAAGGACAGACACCUGAUCAUCAUCAACAGUCCUCAGCUGCUCCAGACGAACAUCUCAGAUCAUCAGAUCACACAGACAGUGAGAGAGUGUGUGUUUCUGUCUGAUCCAGGACCUCAUGUGAUCGUGCUGGUCCUCAAACAUGAGCAGUGUUCAGCAGAAGAUCAGGAGCGUGUGGAGAAGGUGCUGCUCUCUUUCUCUGAGCAGGUUUAUCAUCACAUCAUGGUGUUCAGCACACAAGAGACCAAUGAAACCAGUGACAUCCUACACAGAAUCAUUCAGAAAUGUGCAAACAGACACUUCAGUCUUCAGAAGAGCAGCUCUCCUGAUGAUCUCCUGCUGAUGUUUGAGGACAUUGUGAAGAUGAAUGAUGGACAUCACCUGGAGUGUGCUGAAGCUGCAGUGUUUCACAGUGAAACAACAGAUCACAGAGAGACGUGAGUGUGAGGAUAUUUGAAGUUUCAGAGGCUGUGAAGCUGAAUCUGGUUG